AUGGCUAAGGAAGAUUAUGCAGGAUUUGAGGCAAAUUCAAGAAGACCCUACUGUGAUCUUUGUGACAAUCAGUCAGCAGUUGCAAUGGCAAAGAAUCCAAUCUUACACGGCAGAACAAAACACAUCAAAAUCAAAUUUCAUGCUGUGAGAGAAGCAGAGAGUAAUGCUGAAGUGAAAUUAGUCCACUGCAGAGGUGAAGAACAAAUUGUGGAUAUCAUGACCAAGGGUUUACCUAAAACCAAGUUUUUGGUGUUUCCAGCAAGAUUAUCAAGGAGGAGUGAUGAAGCUGCAGUAGUUGGUGCAGCAGAUUUUAAGGAUCUUAACAUACAUGGCCGGGUAUAUUUGAAUGAACAAGGUAUUAAUGCACAGUACAGUGGGCCAUCAAAAGAUGCUCUUGGCUAUGUAGAAUGGUUAAAAAAAGAUGAACGAUUUUCUGAUAGACUGGUUCAGAUAUCUCCAGCUUUAAAUGGGCAUGCCUUUCCAAAACUGAAGCUGCGGUAUAAGCCUUCUCUUGUACUGUUGGAAGGAGGUAUUUCACAUCUUCCUUUGCUUGACCCCUCAAUGUGUGCAACACCACUAGCACCAUCUGAAUGGAGAAAGAGAUUGGAAGCAGUAAAGGACAGUGAUGAAGCAUCAAAUUCAAAUCUUAAAACCAACUUGAUUCUGUUGGAUGUGAGAAAUGGUUAUGAAUGGGAUAUUGGUCAUUUUGAGGGUGCAAGACGACCUGAUGUGGACUGCUUUAGAAGCAUUUCAUUUGGGCAAUCUCAAAGUGAGGUUGUUUCAAGCUUCCCGGAUGAAGUUUCCUCUGUUUGCCGCACUCGAUAAGCUGCCGUUCUUCGACACAUAAACAGGAUGUAACAAAAUAAGGUAAAACUGUAGUUGGAAGCAUUAAACCAAAGAAAAGAAGCUUUUCAAAAUAGUUGGUCGGAGUGGUAUCUAGCACUGCAAAGAAAUAUGCAAAUACCAUCAAACUUGUAGGUACGUCAAUCAUUCUCGAAAUACGGAGCCCUAUUGUGACAACAAUAAUUGUGUACACAGACAGACAAAAGGCCCCAGAAUUAAAUAAGAAGAACGAAAGGUGAAAUCUAGACCAACUAAUGAUCAUUCCCCUGCCAAAUGUUCAACAAUUGCGAUGGUGCCGUUGGUGUUAUUGUUGAUAUUUUUAUUAAACUUAUGGUAUGAUGUAUA